AUGGAUUUUCAUGGCGAAACAGUAUCCCUCAACCAUCAAAUCGACCGCAAUCCUAAACCUGAAGACGCUGGGAGAAUCAAAGUCUAUGUGAGCAUCCUAAUGUCGGAAUAUCCUAUAAGAGAUUGCCGGCCAAUACUGGCUUUCUCCUUGCCUGCCAGAGAGUUUCAGGAUAGCUUCACGGGGUAUAGAUGGGAACAACUGAAUUGCUUAGAGGACGAUGAACGUCUCAGUAUCUCUCAGGUUGAUUUCGCGAGGACGGAACUCAGUAGACUUGUCACUGACGUCAUGUUCUACUCGGUUAAGUAUUCUCCAUAUUGUGCUCUGUCAAUUUAUAUUACCUUUAAGUUCAAUGAUAAACCUCCUGCUAUGGUUGAAGAGUAUAAAUCAUUAAUGGAAGAUACGACGACGACGAAAUACGAAGAGUAUAAGCAUCUCCCUGUGGAUGAGAGCGUUAUGCGCAUCCAAGAGCCUAACUGGAACGUCUUUCACUUCUAG